AUGGCGCCCAAGCCCAAGGCUCCCAGCUACGUCCUCGGCGUUGGCAUGACCAAGUUCAUCAAGCCCCGUGGCAAGGUCGAUUACACCGAACUCGGUUUUGAGGCUGGCGUCAAGGCCAUGCUCGAUGCCCAGAUCAACUAUGAUGAUGUCGAGCAGGGCGUGGCCUGCUACUGCUACGGCGACUCGACAUGCGGCCAGCGUGUCUUCUACCAGUUCGGCAUGACCCAGAUUCCCAUCUACAAUGUCAACAACAACUGCUCCACAGGGUCGACCGGCCUCGCCAUGGCCCGCCAGUUUGUGAGCUCGGGCGCUGCCGACUGCGUCCUCGUCGUCGGCUUUGAGAAGAUGAUGCCCGGCAGCCUGCAGAGCUUCUUCAACGAUCGUGAGAACCCCACCGGCACGACCGUCAAGAUGAUGGCCGAGACGCGCGGCAUCACCAAGGCCCCUGGCGCCGCGCAAAUGUUCGGCAACGCCGGCCGUGAGUACAUGGAGAAGCACGGCGCCGAGGCCCGCGACUUUGCCGAGAUUGCCCGCGUCAACCACGAGCACUCGACCCUUUUUUUUGUACUCGCAGUUCCAGGACGUCUACACGCUCGACCAGAUCCUCGACGCUCCCAUGAUCCACGCGCCCCUGACGAAUCUGCAGUGCUGCCCGACCUCGGUUUGUUGUGGGGCGCGAGACGACGUUGUCUCGCAGGCCUUCCUCGACGCCCGCCCCCACCUCAAGAGCCAGGCCGUGCUCAUCGCCGGCCAGUGCAUGGUCACCGACGCCCCCUCGCUCUUCUUCCGCAGCGCCAUCGACCUCAUGGGCUUUCUAGAUGA